GCACUUGUCGCCGGUUUCGCUGUCAACGCGAGUGAGAAUCUCAGUUUAACCAUUCCGAACUGACCUUGUGUAUUGACAUGUUUACAAUUUUUCUUAUAUUUCCAUAUAUAAGGUAAUUAAAUCUCUUCAUGUUCAUCUUGGGUUGAGGUUGUUUUAUCAUGGCCACCCGCCCCCAACUCACGCCUCUCCUGAGGAGAUUGGUGCGGCCGCGCACAAGCCUAAGCAGGCAAUCAACAGUACAACAACAGCUACCGUGCCACCCCGUGCGUUGCUUCAGCAGUUCACGGCCCCGGCUUUUCCAGACGACAGCAGUGGCAUGCAAGGGCCAGUUCACGAGCGAGACGUACCCAGAUAUCCAGCGAGACAAGCGGUUUGCUCAACUUACACAAGAACAUGUUGCCUUCUUCAGGAACCUCCUUGGCACCGACUCGGCCAUCAUCGACGGUGUGACAAGUGACGCGGCAGACGACAUCGAGCCUUUUAACAGCGACUGGAUGCGCAAGUACCGUGGCCACUGCAAGUUGGUGCUCAAGCCCGGCUCGACGGACGAGGUCAGCAAGAUUCUCAAGUACUGCAACGACAACAUGCUGGCAGUCGUCCCGCAAGGUGGAAACACUGGCCUGGUUGGAGGAUCCGUACCGGUGUUUGACGAGAUUGUCGUCAACAUGAGCCGCAUGAACCAAAUCAUCGAAUUCGACGAGGUCAGCGGCACUCUGGUGGCCGAGGCUGGGUGCAUCCUCGAAGGCGCCGACCACUUCUUGGCGAGCAAAGGUUACAUCUUCCCCCUAGACCUCGGCGCGAAAGGAUCGUGCCACAUUGGAGGGAAUCUGGCUACUAACGCCGGCGGCCUGCGACUGCUCAGGUAUGGAAGCCUGCAUGGAACUGUGCUCGGGAUAGAGGUUGUCCUUGCCGACGGCACUGUCGUUGACGACCUCUGCAAGCUCCGCAAGAAUAACACGGGCUACGACCUGAAGCAGCUUUUCAUCGGCGCCGAGGGCACCAUUGGCAUCAUCACCAAGGUGUCGAUCCAGUGCCCCCAGCGCUCCGCCGCUCAGAAUGUUGCCUUUUUCGGCCUCGAGUCCUUCGACAAAGUCCAGCAGGCAUUCCGGGAGGCCAAAGGCCAGCUAUCCGAAAUCUUGUCCGCAUUCGAGCUCAUGGACGAGGGCAGCCAGGCGCUGGUCAGGCAGGUCACCAAUAACAAGCGGCCCCUGGAAGACCAGUAUCCGUUCUACUGCCUGAUCGAGACGAGUGGCUCCAACGCCGACCACGACAGUGAGAAGCUUCAGGCCUUCCUCGAGGAUGUCAUGGAAAAGGGCGUCGUCGCCGACGGGACACUGGCCCAGGACGAGACACAGUAUAGGUCCCUGUGGGCUUGGCGUGAGGGCAUUACCGAGGCAUUGGGCCAUCUCGGCGGCGUGUACAAGUACGAUGUCUCGAUCCCCAUCAAGGAGCUGUACCAGCUGGUCGAGGAUACGCGGGCGCGAGUCGACGCCGCUGGCUUGCUGGGAGAUACGGAUGAGUACCCCGUUCGGGCUGUGGUUGGAUAUGGGCACAUGGGAGAUGGAAAUCUCCACUUGAAUGUCUCUACGAGGCGCUUUGAUGAGCGGGUUGAGAAGGUUCUGGAGCCGUUCGUCUACGAAUGGAUUGCGGAACGACAAGGCAGCAUUAGCGCAGAACACGGGCUGGGGCUGAUGAAGAAGAAGUAUAUUGGAUACAGCCGCAAUCCCACCAUGGUCGGUUUGAUGAGGAAUAUCAAGAACACCUUCGACCCUAAAGGUAUUCUCAACCCCUACAAAUAUCUGUAAGCUUGCCAACCGCGAGCUGGCGAUAUGUCCAUUCGGUGAGCCACUGGAAUUCCCGGUGCUGCCCGUCUCA